AUGUCCGCGCUGCCCCACUGCAAGGCGGCGAAGCCCUGGGAGAGCUCCUCGAAGAGGCCGAGGGCUGGCAGGGGUGGUGCCCCUGGGCCGUGCUCUCUCGGAGUGGAGGCGGCCGACUGCGGCAGGGAGAGCGACGCCGCCCGCAAGCUAUUGCUCGCGUCGGCGAUGAUGCGCCAAUGCGACAUCCUGCUGUUGGAUGAGCCCACCAACCACUUGGACAAGGAGUCCGUCGCGUGGCUGUCGAAGUACUUGGUGUCACUGACACAGAGCACCCUCAUGGUCAUAUCGCACGACCCAUACUUCCUGAACGAGGUCUGCACCGACAUCAUCCAGUACAGCGGGCAGAAGACGCUGGAGUACUACCCCGGGAACUUCGCGGACUUCCGCGAGGCGAAGAAGCUAUCAGACCAGGACUCGGAGGCCCUGCUCCUCGGGAACGAGGUGGACCUCGGCGAGAGCCCCGACAUCCCGGCGGAAGAGGUCGAUUCGGGCCUGGCCCUCACAGCCGCAGCGCUCGACAAGCAGGCGAAGAUCACCUUCCCCAUCCCUGGCAAGCUGUCGGGCCAUAGCGCAGGCGCUUCGGAGGGGGCCGAGGCCAUCCCUAUGGACCCUCGGCCACCGAGGAAGGUUGCAGAGAGGGGUGCCAACGUGCCUCCACAAUUCUGA